AUGCGAUCAUCUCAUUCCGCCUCGGCGCUUGCUGCGCUCCUCCUCGCGACCGCGGUUUCGGCUCUGUCGCCGGCGAAGCUGCACUGCCUUCGAUCGAGAAAUCUCGAGCUGGCCAGGCUCGCGGCUUGUGGUGAACCGGGGUCCGUGGCCCACUGCCUGGACAUGCUCCCCGAUGAGUUCACGCAGACCGAUCUCGAGAGAUGCUACGUUCACGCCGGCUGCGAACUCGCCGAGGCCAUUAUCGAGUCGCAAUGGACCCUGGACCGAUGUGGUGACGACGGAAAUGUCCCCGCCGAGCUGCGCAAGCGUCACGUUCCCGUGCUCGCGCGCCAAACCACCGCAGCGACGACGGCCGCCGAGGCGGCCAACACGGCAACGGCCACGGGCACCAGCACCCGCUCGACGCUCAUCUGCUCCACGACGACGACGAAGUCAACGACGCAAUGCCCGGUCAUCUCGACGGGCGUGAGGAAAGGCCAGACGCUCAAGGAUGGCUGCUUCCCGACGCAGGUGGUCUACGCGACGUGUGCCGCGGGCCUACUCUGCAAGGACGACAGUGCAGGCAACCCGGCGUGCCUGAAGCUGGACAACACCGUCUACCCCGGGGGCGUCGCGUUGGCGCUCUUCUUUGCGGUGGCCAUCACGGGGUCCAUCUCGUGGAUCACGUUCCUUUGUUGCCGCGAGCGGAAGCAGAAGAAGCGCAUCGCGGCCAGGGCCGAGGCUGCGGCGAUUGCUAGGCAGUCCGCCAAGAAGCCGACGGUGCAGGUCCAGAACCCGGACAGCCAGCCGCUUAUGUCGCACGGCCAGCCGCCUGCUGGGUACGAUGUGCACGGUCCGUUUGGCGACCAACAUCGGAUGUAA